AUGGUGGGGCAGAGCCCGCUGGACCCCGGCGAGAGCAGGACCGCCGUCCUCCUGGAGCCCUUCGUCCAUCAGGUGGGCGGCCACAUGAGCAUGAUGAAGUACGACGAGCACACGGUCUGCAAGCCCCUGGUCUCGCAGGAGCUGAGCUUCUACGAGUCGCUGCCCUUGGCCAUGAGGCAGUUCACACCCCAGUACAAAGGCAUCGUUUCCGUUCACCUCAAAAAGGACAGCCUGGGCAACCUGACCCUGAUUGCCAGCCCCAGCCUGCAGACAGAGAGCUGCGGCCGGCUGGAUAACGCCAUCAGUGACUCCUCGGUGACGAUACGGCACAAAUGCAAGUGGGCUGCCAGCACCGGCACCAGCAGCGAGCGCACGCUCGUCAAGUGGAGUCACACGCAGCUCACCAAGACUUUCAAAGACAGCUGCCCGGGGAAGAUGCUAUUGAGGACAGACCUUCAGUACCGCACAGAUCCACUUUUGGAAGACGCAAACAGAAACCAGCCAGAAAGAAACAGCUACAACCCCUGGGGACUGCACUGUCACAGGCAGCACCUGAACCGCAUGUCCUCCAAGCAUAAUGAGAACAAACUUCAUCAGUUUCUAUUGCUUGAAAAUGUGGUAUCAAAAUACAACUAUCCCUGCAUCCUGGACUUAAAGAUGGGAACCCGGCAGCAUGGCGAUGAUGCCUCGGAGGAGAAGAAAGCCCGGCACAUCAAGAAGUGUGAACAAAGCACCUCUGCGUCUCUGGGCGUGCGCAUCUGUGGGAUGCAGGUUUACCAAGCGGACACUGGCCAUUUUCUCUGCAAAGAUAAGUAUUACGGCAGGAAACUCUCACCGGAGGGAUUCCGGCAAACCUUGCGCCAGUUCCUGUGCAACGGUAACCACCUCCGAACGGAUCUCCUGGAGCCCAUCAUCCUGCGGCUAAAAGCUCUGCUUUCUGUCAUUAGGAAGCAAAGCUCUUACAGGUUCUACUCCAGCUCACUUCUCAUCAUUUAUGACGGACAGGAGCACAAGGAGAACACGGCACCCUUGGAUAAUCACCUUCACUUCCAAAAAACAAACCGCACCAUGUCACAGGGCGCUAAUCACUCCAGAGUUGACGUCCGCAUGAUAGACUUUGCCCACACCACUUUUAAAGGCUCCAAAUGCAAUCACACCACUUACGACGGGCCAGACCACGGCUAUAUUUUUGGCUUAGAGAACCUCAUCAAAAUCCUUCAGAAUAUCUUGGAAGGAAAAUGA